AUGACUUCUGUAACGCUUGUGAAUUUUAAAAGUUCAGAAUCAAAUGAAGAUUCUGAUGAUAAUCCUUUUUUACCACGCUUAUCAUUCUCCGCGGGAUUAUUAUCAUUUGUAAUUUUAUUUGGUUUAUAUAGAUACCUUGCGGUUAUUCGAACUAGACAACAUAAUUAUUCUUUACAAAACAAACCUUUUAUAACCAAAUUUGUUAACAUAUUAAGCGCUUUCGUAAUUGUAUCAUAUCUAUUAGAUUGUAUGCUUGUUAUCAUUAGAGCAUUAGAAUCUAAAGUUUGGACUAAAAGACAAAAAUUUGGUAAAUUGUCUUGGGUCAAUCUUACUUUUUAUUUGUUUUCCAAUAUUACAGAAACUUUGAUUUUUGUGUAUUGGUACCUUCAAUUCAAACAUUCGAAACCAGAAAACGGUUAUUCUAUAUACGAUAAAGCAUUUUUUAUUUUAUUUAUUGCUCGUUAUCUUGCAAUUUUCAUUACUAGCAUUUUAUCAUUAAUAGAGGUUUUUAGUAAACCUGUUGACUUGGAUGUUGAGAAUGGUAGUAAUAGGUCAUUGCUCGAGAAUUCAAAUUCUUAUGGUACAUUUCCAUCAAACGAGAAUGAACCUCAAGCAACAAAUCAAAGUAGUUCAGGACAAGGGGCAUUUUCAGAUUUCUUCAGUAAAAUGAAAAAAUUAUUACCAUUUUUAUGGCCAUCAAAACAACCAUUUCUUCAAUUUUUAAUUUACAUCUGUUUUACAUUGUUGGUUGUUGGACGUUUAAUAAAUGUCUUGGUUCCGGAACAACUUGAGUUAAUUACUGAUAUACUUUCUGGUGACAAUGGACAAAAACCAAGAUUUCCAUGGGAGGCCAUUAUUAUAUUUGUUUUUCUUAGAUUUUUACAAGGUGGUGUUGGCUUAGUUCAAUCUACACAGAAUUAUUUGUGGAUUCCAAUUGGCCAAUACACAACUCGUGAAAUAUCUGUUAAAAUGUUUGAACAUUUACAUGGGCUUUCAUUAUCUUAUCAUAUAAAUCGUAAAACAGGAGAGGUUUUGAGAGUUAUGGAUCGUGGAACAAAUAGUAUAAUCACUUUACUCAACCAAAUCUUAUUUCAAAUCUUUCCUGUGAUUGUCGAUAUCAUUGUUGCUGUUGUAUAUUUUGUUAUUAGAUUUGGAUGGGUAUUUGGUGCUAUAGUAUUCAUCACCAUGACUGCUUAUAUUUUUUUGACUAUUUGGAUUACUGAAUGGAGAACGAAAUUCAGGCGUGAAAUGAUCGAAUUGGACAAUGACACUAGAGCCAAAGCAGUUGAUUCUCUUUUAAAUUUUGAAACUGUUAAAUAUUAUAAUGCAGAACAAUUUGAAAUUAGACGUUAUGAUGAAUCCAUAAAAAAAUUUCAAGUAGCUGAUUAUAAAGUAGCCAGUUCUUUAAAUAUUUUAAAUCUUGGUCAAAAUUUUGUUAUUACACUUGGUUUAUUAGCUGGCUGUUUGAUUUGUGCUAAAAAUGUAGCAAGUGGUGACUAUACAGUUGGAAAAUUUAUACUUUUCGUAACAUAUAUUAAUCAACUGUACACCCCACUUAAUUUUUUUGGUACUUAUUAUAGAUUGAUUCAACAGAAUUUUAUUGAUAUGGAAAAAAUGUUCCUAUUAUUUAAAGAAAAACAAAGUGUUCAAGAUGAUCCUAAUGCAUCAGAACUAAAUGUUACUGACGGAGAGAUUAUAUUUGACAAUGUUGGGUUUUCAUAUGAUUCUAGGAAUGAAUCAUUAAAAAAUAUAUCAUUUACAAUUCCUAAAGGUAAAACUGUAGCUUUGGUUGGGCCUAGUGGCGGAGGAAAAUCUACCAUAUUACGUUUAUUAUUUAGAUUUUAUGAUGUCAACUCGGGCCAAAUAUUAAUUGAUGGACAAGACAUCAAACAUGUUACACAAGAGAGUUUACGUAAAAAUAUUGGUGUCGUACCUCAAGACACAGUACUAUUCAACGAUACUAUUUUUUAUAACAUACAUUAUGGAAAUGUAAAUGCAAGCGAUGAUGAAGUAUAUAAAGCUGCAAAAUCUUCUCAAAUCCAUGAUAAAAUCUUAAGUUUUCCAGAUGGUUAUGAAACGCGUGUUGGAGAACGUGGUUUAAGAUUAAGUGGCGGCGAAAAACAAAGAGUCGCAAUUGCUAGAACAAUCUUGAAGAAAUGUAAAUAUAAACAUCUCACGUUGGAAAAAGGAGGAGAAGGUGUGUAUUAUGAAAUGUGGCAAAAACAAUUACGUGACGAAUCUGAAGGAACAAAUCAGGACAGUGAAGAAGGGAAUAGUAAAAAUGCAAAAGAAAUUGAGCCACCGAAAUAA